AUGGGGCCAUAUGCCCAAGAAGACGAAUCGAUCGAAGGCUCGGCACUGACCAAGUACGAGGUGGAGACAAGAGGUCUGCUACAACAUAUGGAACAGACAAUGGAUAUGAUGGAUUGCCUUCAAACAGAAGAUGAGCUGGAUAGUGCUUAUAAAUUCAGCGAAGGUCUUGUAAAUGCCGCUGAAAAGGAGGUCAGGUUCGACUCGGAUAUUGCGGCUCAAUGGAGACAGUUAUUAAUGAAGAAAUCCAUUAGAGCAGCAGAAAUCAGACAGACUCAACCGAAAAAAGCAGAAAAGGUCGAUAGGCCUUAUACAAUAAUUAAUAAAAAAGAAAUCGAAGUUCCUACAUUCAUGGGAAAUAUAAGUGAAUGGGAAUCAUUUCAUGACUUAUUUAAAAGCCUAGUGCACGACGCACCAUACUACACCAACGUGGAAAAAAUGCAUAGGCUGAAAGCGGCUGUAAAAGGAGAAGCGCGCCGCAUAAUUCAACAUCUUCGAACCCAAGAUAGCGAUUAUGAAGAGGCGUUGGAAUUAUUGAAGGAAAGGUACGAAAAUCGAAGAGUACUUUUCAACAGAUUGGUUGACGCAAUUUUGGAUCAACCAUCAAUGGACAGCGAGUCAACAAACAGCGUGAAACAGAUGCUAGAUACUACCAAAAACAGUAUUCAAGGGCUUAAGUCAAUGAAGAUACCUUUGGAAAAUACAGCUACAUUCUUCGCCAAAGUCAUCCUGAGGAAAUUUGACAAAAAUUGUUUGCGAUUAUACGAACAACAGAUAAAGAAGCCAAGAGAAAUCCAGAAACUCGAAGAUGUGAUCCAGUUUUUGGAGCAACAAUUUUUAGCGUUAGAAGCAGCAGGGGACUCGUUGGUGGCAAAGAAAGAAUUUAAAUUCGAAAAAAGAGUCAAUCAAAUGCAGGAGUCUUGUCAUGUCUGCAAUGAAGUGGGACACAAAAUGUUUGACUGCAGAAAGUAUUUAGCAAUGACACCAAUCGAAAGAAAAAACAAAGCUAAAGGGAUUCAAAUGUGCUACUUCUGUUUGAAUCACAAAACUGAUAAAAAGUGUCUCAGCUACAGGCGGUGUCAAACGUGUAAUGGACGACAUCAUACACUACUACACUUGAACGAACAAAAAGGCAUAAAAAGGGCAGAGACGAAAAAAGAUUCCAGCGGUUCAAAAGCAACGAUGGUGACACAGGAGAAUCAUUCAACUGUAUUGCUAGCAACAGCACAAGUGAAAGUGCGGGCAAUAAGCGGAGAAUAUGUGAUAAUGAGAGCUAUUAUCGACCAAGGAUCUCAAGUGACGUCGGUGUCAGAGGAAGCCGCUCAAAUUUUGGGACUCCCGAGAAUCAGAAAUAACACCGUGAUUCAUGGCCUUGGCAGUACACCCGUUGGGGUCUCAAAAUACAAAGUUAAGUUGGAUAUGAAACCUCGAUUUCUGAGUAAUGAUGUCUUCAGCACAGAAGCGUUAGUUCUGCCAACAGUGAUGAGUGCACAGCCAGAAGAGUCAUUCGAAACCAGUAUAGAAGAAUGGAACAACUAUACACUAGCAGAUCCUUUAUUUAAUAAAAGCGACAGAGUGGAUUUGAUCAUUGGCGGCGACCUUUACUCUGAAAUAAUGGAAGAAGGUCAAGUGAAAAAUAAAGGACCUUUUGCGCAAAAAACAAAACUGGGAUGGAUCUUGUCUGGUAAAGUUCAGCUUAAAGAUAAAUCCAGAAGAUUUUAUUCGGCAGUGACAAACUUGGAAAGGUUCUGGGAGUUGGAGGAGGUGGACACACCAUCAAGUAUGACGAUCGAAGAUGACUGGUGCAUGCAAACGUACAAUGAAACGACGGUGGUAGAAGAUGAAGGAAGAAUAGUGGUGUCAUUACCACUGAAAGAUGACAAAUCCCUUGGUGAUUCGAAAGGUCUGGCAAUUGCAAGACUAUUGUCAAUAGAAAAGAAGCUACGUCGUAAUCCAAAUCUUGAUGAAAGCUACAAAAAAUUAUGA